AUGUCACGGCAAAAUGGGGCUACUUCUUCCCUGGCAUCUACUUUAGAGACCACCCACGGAACACCGAGCACCACCUCGAGCCCCCAUCCAUCAGUUUCGACAGUUGAAGGAAACACAGCAAAUAGCACUCCUCCUUCUUCGAUCGAUUUAUCAUCGAAAACGAGCUGUUCAUCAGGUACGGUUCGGGGGAAAGUGCAAAUACCGAAACUCUCGGCGGCCACUACAGAGCUCCUUGCACGGAUCGCUGGUAACAUAAGAGGAGACCAGCAGAACAAUGAUAGCUUCACUACCCGUUGGGGCACUUCGACCUUUGAUCCAAGCUUGAACAGUUUGAAUUUUCAAAGGUCCAACACGAUGAAGGCCUCUUCCACAAUCAUAGAGCUGCCCACGGCGCCGUUCGCAUAUACGAACAAUACAUUAGCACCUACAGCAGUUUCCAACCAAGCCCCUAUAACGUCUGAGGACAGCUCCUCGAGGCCAAAGAAGCCCGUUGCUAUUGCUCCCAAGCCAAGUGUAGCAGUAUCAGCUGGCCCAUCGGCGACAUUGGCGCCGUCUCAAAUACAACAACCAUUGCCAUCACAACCUACAGGUCUUAUCCCUAAGGCUCCUCUGGUCUCAUUAGCCCCGAAGGCUGCAAAAGUCCCAGGCGGCAACCCACAAAAAGCAACCCCCGGACAACGCUCACGCAAAAAUGCUUCAAAUGGGUCCAGAAAAUCGAGAAAACGAAGACGCGGUGGUGAUAGUGACGGCGAAGACAUCAUAAGGGCUGGUGACUCCAGUUCGGAUGAAUCCGACGUCGCCCCUACCGCCACUCAAACAAAGUCCGGCAGACAAGUGAACCGACCGUCAUUAUAUGUACCUCCAGCUUCAUCUCCAGCCGUUACCAAGGCGAACGGCACUUCCUCUUAUGGCUCAGAGACUACAGGUGCGCGAAGACACAAACGCGUUUUUCGCAAGACGAAGGAGGCGUAUGUCAACUGUAUGCAUUGCCAAAGAGGUCAUAGCCCGCAGAGUAAUGCUAUUGUAUUCUGCGACGGGUGUAAUCGAGCAUGGCAUCAACUCUGUCAUGACCCUCCGAUUGACUAUGAUGUUGUGAACGUGGUGGAGAAGGAAUGGCACUGCCGGGAAUGCAAGCCUGUGCAAAUUUCCAUCGUCCAGCCAACAGUUGUCAGGAGCAAUCCUGAUUUACAUCAAGCAUUGCGUCAUCCACCACAACACCAUGUGCCUUCUCCCAAGACCGAAGUAGGAGGCGAGCGCUUUUCAGCGGAGGAGCGGCGGGGUUAUCUGUCGAGCCUCUCCCACGCAAGUCUCGUCGAGCUUCUUGUCACUAUAUCGGACCGGAAUCCCUCCUUGCCGAUGUUCCCAAGCAACUUAAAGGAACUGCAGUCGUCGAAAUUCUUAUUCACCUCAAAUACAUCAGCUGGCCCAGUCUCGGCAGCACCUUCCAGCCAGACACUUACAACAACCGAAACACCGGUCUCUCACUCGGAGAAAGACACGACUUCUGAGAAGCCGAGUACUGAGAAUACUGAGGAACCAUUGCCAUCAGCUUCUUCUUCACGGAAGAGACACCGGUACGAGUCAGAUGAAGAGUCAGAAUACGAGGAGUUUCAAGAGCAUCGACUGUACCCACGUGCUGGAAACGGGUUUCGUCUCUCGCUCAACGCCGACGAUAUUGACAUCAUGCGUGAAGACCCAGAUUGUCCCACUUUCAGCUAUGCAUUGCAUGGACCAGCCAAAGCUCGCGCCGAGGCCAAUGAAACUACACCUGUAUGGGGGGCUGCGUGA